CAGCAUGUGGACGAGGGGAGGAGAGAGAGCCGAGGAGGCGCGCGAGGGCUGAACGCCGGCGCAGCAGACCCCACAUCGCAAGCGGGGCGCCCGGCUGGGGGGGUGGGCGGCAUCGGGCGUGCGGGACGUGUGCGGCCCGAGGACAGAGCCGGGGCCUCGCGUGGCCCUGCCCGCAGUCGCCCGCGAUGGGCGAGGCCAGCCGGGCGUGCUCUGGCUACUACAGCCUCAACCACAGCUUCGUGGAGCCCUUCCAGUGCCCCCGGCGCGGCGAGGCGGCCUCUCUCCUCUACUGCUGCGGCUUCGCGGACCUCAAGUACUGCUGCGGCGAGCCGGGCAGCUACUUCCCCUACAAGCACAGCUACAUGUGGAGCCUCAGCAUUGGUGCCCUGACUGGAUUGGGGAUUGCUGCCCUUGUUUUACUUGCCUUUGUCAUCAGCGUCUGUGUCCUUUGCUAUUUAUUUCUGUACACAAAGCCUCAAAGAUUAGACAAUGGCCUUAAACUUCAACACCUAGAGGCUUCUUCCACUCAAGAAGGCAACUCAAAUAAGAAAACCAAAGCCCCCAAUUCAAAUUCAACAAAUGAAACAUCCUAUGAAACUGAUGAUGUAAUUCAAGAAAAAACAAUGGAUACAACACAAAUCAACAUUGUGUAUUAUUAAAAAUCCUGUGUUGUAAAAGCUCACUGGAGAGAUGGAACAAUAAAAAUAAAGAGUGCAUUUGAAACACUUUGUAAUAAUACUUUUCAAAAAUUCGCCACUCACAAAGCAAGACAUUUUUUAUCAUUCAAUUAAUUUAUUAAACACCUAAGGUUCUGAUAGCUUUUCAUGUACAUAAGUUUACUUUUAUUUACUAAUUAAGAUGCGUGUACAUUACACGAAAUUAUCCUAAUACUUCAGGAGAAAUUAAAAGAUUUUUUUUGUACUCUUAUUUAUCAUUUAUUUUUCAAUUACAGUUGACAUUCAAUAUUAUUUUAUAUUAGUUUCAGGUGUACAGCACAGUGGGGUUAGACAUUUAUAUAAUUUAUGAAGCGAUCCCCCCGAUUAGUCAAAAAAUUUAUAACACAGACAAGCAAACCUAUCUCAGUGAGGAACAAUGAGGAAUUUAUGUCAUAUUACCAGCAUUUCACAAUUUUUUGGUACUUAGAGGCAGUUAUUUUUAUAAGAGAUGGUCCUGGAUAGGUAGAUAUCCGGGGGAAUGAUCUUAUAAACUAGAGGUGGCAUGUUGUUAAGUCUUUUAGAUAUCAACCCAUGCCUUUUUUAGAGGAUUUGCUGGGCACACAAACAAUAUAUUGCCAUUAUAAAAGCUAACAUUCAAUAACAAAAUGCAUCACAAUGUAUAAUCAUCAUAAUAAAUAUUUUCUGCAUACCAAGGGAUAACCAUAACAAAAAUCCUUUAGUGAUAAAGUUCCUAAGGAAGUUCUACAAUAAAAGUUAUCAAAAACAAGUUAAGUUCUCUUAUUCCACCUAAGGCUAUUGCAGUAAUAUCAUUCAGACAUCUAGAAAUAAAACUAUAGUUUCUGCAAAUUAUAAUUGUCUUAAAAGAUUUUUCUCUUAAGUAUGAUUUCUAGUAUAAGAACACAGAUGUGAUUUUAUAAUGGAAUUUAAUAGGAAAAAAGGAAUAAUUUUAAGCUGGCUCUGCUGAACACACCUACUGUGUUGUGUAAAGUUUCUAUAGUUGGAAGACUAGCCUUUCAACAUGUGAUGAAUACAGCUCCUCUGGUUUGAUAGGGGAAGAAAAGGAAUGCCAUUUUGCUCUCAGGCACGCAAAGCUCAGAGUUAGAAACUUUUGAUCAUUAGGUUGUGAAAAUUUCUACCAAGAACUGAGGAUACCUUCUAAAUCAGCAUUGCCCAGUAGAAGUUUCUGAGAAGACAGAAAUGUUUCCAUACAUGCACCGUCUGGCAGGAUAGCCACUAGCCACAUGUGACUACUGGGCACUUAAAAUGUGACCAGUUCAACUGAAAAAAUGCAUUUUAUUUAUUUAAUUAAUUUAAAUAGCCACAUGGGGCUAUAUCGACAUAGUUCUAGAUCAUUAUUGCAACAUCCUACUACUGCCAGUGUUAGAUUUCGCAUUCAAAAAGAACACAAUUUUGCCAAUGAUUUAAGAUGAAAAUUGCUUAGAGUACUGUGAAGUUUGAAAGUUAAAACGUUACCAUUAGAAAAAUGACAUUUUAUAAUAGUCACAAAAGCAAAGAAUUCUCAUUUAUUUUUGUGAAAGCACAUAAAAUCAUUUAUGGUACGUUUUAAUCUUUUAUCUAGCUUGAUUUUAAAAAAUCUGAGAAAAAUCAGCUAUCUUGAUACACAGACAUUAACAAUUACAUUACUAAUUAGAUGUUGCCUCACGUGAAAGUCUGGGCUGAGAAAGUUUAGGAAAGGCACUGGCAUAGUUGUACAUUUGCUGCUCAAGGGGAAGGGCAGAUGCCAUAAAUGCCACAAGGAGCAGGAAACUGGAGACUCAGGGCAACCAAAUGCUCAUGGUCCUGAGACCUCUUCACCUGUGGGCCAUGCAUGGGGCCAGGCCUGGCUGGAUGCAUAGCGGUCGUGCUCUGGGGGAGGCACCCCAAUUCUCUGGCACUCUGCACGUUUUGAGAGGAGUUGGGAAAAAAGAAAUGAGGUCAGAAGACCCUGGAUUCUGCAAGUGGGAUUCUCAUCAUGCUGGCAUAAGAAUCUACUGCUCUUGGAUGCCAACUGCCCAAGAAGACUGAACCCCACCACUACCAGUAGUAGCAGCUGGAGUCAUUGAAGCCCUCCCAGCCACAGCAGGUUACCUGAGGGACAGCCACGGGCUCAUCCAGUACAAACUGGCAUGUGUCUCUGUAACUUUGAGGCUUCACAGACUGAGACAAAAUGUUAAACGCAAGAAGCCUUACCAAAUUACCACAGUCUGUACACUGAAAAAUAUUUUUAAAUGAGUUAUUUGGCCCUAACAAAUGUUAACAGUGACCAAAUUGUCAGUCAGAAAUAAUCUAAAAUAAAAUUAGAAACAAAACACAUUUCUGGUCAUAAUCAGAUCUCAGAAAAGUGGGUCUAGAAGAAGAGUACAAAUAAUAAGGCAUAAGACAUAAACAUUCAAAUUAUUUUCUACGUGGCCUUCUAAUGACAGCAAUUUCAUCUUUUAAAACUUGUGGAAUUGAAUUAUGACAUGGAUGCAACCAAACCCCAACACAAAUUGUUUCCUUACAACUCUCUCAUGAUGUCUCAUUCACUGCUUACAGAUUCAAGUCCAAACUCCCAAACAUGGAACAUAAGACCUCUUUCUUUUGUUCCUAAGAACCUAGAAUGAUAGUUUCAAUUCUUACCACUUCUUGCCUUACAUAUUGCUUGUAAUUCUUGACACACACAAAACCCCCAAGUUUUCCUAUUAUGGCCUUUGUGCACAGCACUUUCUCCUUCCCGAACUGUCAUAACUGCCACCCUCAUCCUCAAUCAAAAUGUACUCCAGGCAUUACUUUCUCUAGGUAGCCUCUUCUAACUUCUCUAGACUAGGUUAUGUAGCUCUCUCCGUGUUUCUAUAAACCCAUGUUUGGAUCAAUAACUGCACUGAUUACAGAAUGAUAUGUUCUGCUGUUUCUCCCAUCCACUAAACUAUGAACCUCAUGGAAGCAAAUGAGGUUUUUUAAUCUCUAUAUCCCCAGUACUUAGCAGAGUGUUUGCCAUGCUAGGCCCUCAACAAAUGUUUGUUGAAGAAAAGAUUCAAUGGCAUUUUUGUCAACACAAGUAAUAACUCUUCAACCUAUUUAACUGAAGGUGACAAAGGGUUAUAUAGAGUAGUAAAUAUAGACACAUACAGUUGUUUUACUCCUUAUUUUCUGAUGUUCUGGCCUCAGAGAACCAAAGAUGUAAAUAGGGAUGUAUUAAGUGUGAACAACCAGAGAACCUCUGAGAGAUUUUAGCCAACAGAUAAUAAGGAGAAAAGAAACAGAGAAUUGUGUGGGGAGUAGGUCCAUCUAUCCAAAAGCAAUAGCUUCAAAGUGUUUAGAUAAUCUGGUUAAAGAUACAAAUCUAAACAUAAAUUCUGCUGGCAUCUAGUGAAAAUGACAUACACUGGAUGGUAAGCAUGUGAACUAAAUAUCAAUUACCUACUUAAAGAAGUUGAAUGUGUUUGAUAGCUGUAUCAAAAAAAAUUCAACCUUUACCAUCACAGAAUGCUACCUGCUUAUCUGUAGUAAUUUCAAAAAUGAAUAAUACCACUUGAAUUUUACUAAAAUAUCAUUACUCAUAUAUAUUACGGGCUGGAAGGGAUCUCAGAGAUAAUGUGGUACAAUGUUUUAUAGAUGAAAGACUCUAAGGCCCAGAGAAGCUAAAAUGACUUUGCUAAAGGUCACAGAGGUAGUUAGAAAGUACGGGACUUUUUGGAUUUUUACUAUUCAAUUCGGUUUUCUUUCUGCUACGUACUGCCUGAGAGGAAAUUUCAUUAAUUUUCUCCUAAAAUACAUCUGUGAGAUUUGCAUCCAAUCCCAAUAAGAAGAACAGGAUCACUUUAGAAGAAAAUUACUUUAGUAAAAAUAAAUGAAUUUUAUUCAGAUGAGACAUUCUAAAAACUAAUCUCAAAUGAUGGAAAAUUUACUUAAGAAUAAUUUCAAGAUUGUUUCUGGGAGAAAAUAAUUACUGAGCAUUUAUAAAAAUCUUUUAAUUUGCAUACUAUAUUAGUUAAUGAGGGCUGAAUUUAUAUAACUCUUCUGAACUGUUACUGUGUCACCAUUCAGAAAACAAAUGUAAUGAGCCAAAUUAUAAUCUCUACUACAGAAAUAAAACUUACAAUUAAACUUAAAUUUAAAACAAAAUGAAAUUAUCCCUGUUCACAAUAAUUAUCAUUUUUAACCAUAUUAUAUACUUGGUGGGAUGAGGCUAUCCUUUGGCAUGCAGCAUCCUCCAAUCACUUUUUGAAGUUGUUUUUUUUUUUUACUUAUUUUUUUCAUCUUGAUAGCCAAAGAACUGUAUUUCCAUAAAAUAGUUUUCAAAAAUACAUAAAAUACAGCAAAGGCAAAACAAAUGCUUAAAAACC